GCAGAGAACAUGUUCAAUUUUAAGGAUUUAUUUUAAUUAACUGCCCCUCAGUUACAGGAAGUGACGUCAACACACACACUCCUUUUGUCUGACGACUUUAUCCGGAGGAAGUGAAGCGAGGCAGCUGCUUCACCGGAGGGAAAAAAAACUAAAAAAAAAAAAAAAAAAAAAAAAAGCGAAGAGGCAAAAAAACUUCACUGGUUUGCAGGAAUUUGGACAGAUUUGGAAACUGUGUCCAAAUUGUCCCGAGCUCCGGGAGUUCCGCGGAGGGAGACGGACUCGUCGCCGCCGGUUUGCCAGUAGGAUCCUGCAGGAGUGCAUGACCACCCAGGCAAAGUGAGCAACUGCCCCAAGAGCCCCGCACCUCCAGGGGCCCACAACAACACAACCCCAGCUUCACUGUGUGGCAAUUAGUUUCUGAAAUAAUGGAAGACGCACAUUUUAAUUCAUCGUAUUUCUGGUCUCCCAUCCCCACUGUACCAGGACAGAUUGAAAGUGCCAUGUACCUGAACAAGGUGAAAGAGCAACAGGAAAAGAAUGCUUCCUUCUCUUCUUCGUCCCACUACCAAACAGCUCUUCUCACCAUCCCAACUCCUGGGGCAAAGACAGAUGGAGGUGGGCAGGCUGGUAGUGGGGCACACCUCCACCCUGCUCACAGCACCCAGAACAUGCUGUCCGUCCCCUCCACAGGCAUCAUGACAGCAGCGGGUCUGGUCAUCACAACUCCUCAGGGAACUCUAGUGUCUCCCACCUCCUCUCAGUCGUUUGUCUCUGGUCAUCCAGCAGCAACCAUGAUUGUUUCAGCACUCCAUUCAGCAGUAGACAAAAAAGAAGGGGACGGGCCGCCCCAUGUGGUCGUGAUGCCAACACCCUCCAAACGAGGCAGAAAGAAAAAGGCGACAACGCUGGCCAGGGUGGGACCUGUGGGCGGACCAACAAAUGAAACUCUGAUACUGGCUCAUCUGACAGCUGGCGGCCAGCUGGCAUCUGUGCAUCAUCCUGGAGACCCAUAUGAACUGUCAAACGAAGAGGAAGACCACGGCCCCAAAGACAGCACUAAGACAUACAGGUGCCGGAUGUGUGCGGCGACCUUCCUCAGUAAGUCUGACAUGCAGAUCCACUCCAAGUCGCACACAGAGGCCAAACCUCACAAGUGUCCUCACUGCGCCAAGUCAUUCGCCAACUCCAGCUACCUGGCCCAGCACAUCCGCAUCCACAGCGGGGCCAAGCCUUACACCUGCUCCUACUGCCAGAAAUCUUUCAGGCAGCUCAGUCAUUUACAGCAGCACACACGGAACCACACAGAGUCAAAGCCUCAUAAGUGUCCCCAUUGUACCAAGUCAUUUGCCAACUCCAGCUACCUGGCCCAACAUGUCCGUAUCCACACGGGAGUGAAACCCUACACCUGCGCCUUCUGCCAAAAGUGCUUCAGACAGCUCAGUCAUCUUCAGCAGCACAACAGGAUUCACACCGGAGAUCGGCCGUACAAGUGCAUCCACCCAGGCUGUGAGAAAUCCUUUACGCAACUCUCAAAUUUACAGUCCCACCGACGUCAACACAACAAGGACAAGCCCUACAAGUGCACCAACUGCAAUAAAGGAUACGUAGAUUCAGCGAGCCUCGAGGUGCACAUGUCCACACACACAGUCAAGCACGCAAGGAUCUACUCAUGUGGUCUCUGCAAUCGCACUUAUACCUCAGAGACGUAUCUGGUGAAACACAUGGAGAAACACAACCCAGAUCAGCUGACUUCACCAGCAGCACAGGCGGCACAACAGAACCAGAACCAAAGCCAGGCUCAGGCUGGAGCUCAGAGCCGGGUAGAGAGCGCAGAUGGAGGAUCGGGCCGAGGCGGGAGCGGAGGAGCGAGCAACCAGCAGGGACAGAGCAAUUACGCCCAGACAGAAACCAUCGCCUGUCCCUUUGACCUGCACCAGUUUAAGACAGUGUCUGCCAGUGACAUCCAGUACAAACCUGUCACUGUGGGUGACAUUGCUUCUCACAAGGACCUCUGUCUCACUGUGUCGGCAUCCUCCAUUCAAGUGGAGCACCUCAACUCUUAGAGGUGAUCACAGGAGGCAGGUUGGGGUGGGGGAAGUAAAAUAAAUUCAAGAAAUUGAGGACAGAGAGUCAAAGGAUAAAAGCAAUACUAUGGUGAUACCAGAACUUUGGAACACUUGACUGUGCCUGAACGAUGGUUUGUGACGGGCGGGACAAACGAUAUGGUGACACAGUAUACUGGAGACUAUAAUUUUGUUUUAUUUUUUUAGUUUGUCUUUUUUCUUUCUGCCUUGUUUGAUUUGUUUUCCUUUUGCUUAGCUGUCCUGUCUGGGUAGGAAGUGCAUGUAAAGGCUGCAAUAAAGUGUGUUUCAGUCCAUCACACUGAUGGUUUUAUGAUAGGAAGAGAGUCAAAGUGUUUCUCUUCAUUGAUGUUUUAUCACCUCCUGCUCUUCCCUACAAAUACAAUCUUGGCCAUAGCAAUUUAUGGUCUCCUUGUUGAUAAAAUUGGUAGUUGACUGUGAAGGUAAAUUUUUAUACUUUCAUACAGAGACUUUCAGUUUUUACAUCAGUGUUAUUACCUCUACAAUGCUGUAAAAUACAUGCCCGUAAUUCUUUUAACCUUAAAAGGGACGUAGAGGUCAUUUCCUUUUCGGGAAAGAGAAAAUAUCAAUCAAGUAUAUAUAGAUAUACAAUAUAUAUACUACCAGUUUAUAAAGGAUGAUUGUGUGUUUAAAGGAUGUGGUAAUCCAUAUAACCUAUUUAGACCCAUUCGCAGGCCUUCACAUGACAAGUGAUGGUUCACGUUUCAUGUAAUCCUAUUGUACUGCUUUGUGUGUAUGCCCUUAAAGUAAUGUUAUCCAAAUGUGUUCUUGCUAUUAUACUUCCACGAUAAUAAUGUUUAUGAUACUUCUUUAUAGACAUACUGACACAUCUGAAAUUUGUCUCUUUUUUUCCGGCAUAUGAUACAAUAAAUCCUCUGAAAUGUU